UCCCCAAUUCCCGGAGAAACCCUCAUUGAUAAUCAACAUUCAUUCCAAUCACGAAACCCUACUGCUGCAGUCUCUUGUCAGCACCACGCCACCACCAUGGUCUUGCUGCACUGCCGUCUUCCGUAGCAUCCACCAGCCGCACUGUUGACUAUCGUCUGCCGCACCAGCCACCACCAUUCUCUUCUUUAAGAGCUGCAAAUGGAUUGGUAUUUCAAAAGAGUUGCUUCCGAAUCACAUUUUCCUUCUAGUUCAAGGGAAAGGCGGUGGUGGUGGCACAAAUAACGGAAAGGGGAAGGGCUAGUGCAAGUGCAAGGUAAGUGGAGCGUGGUGCAGAGAUGGCGCAGUACAAUGAGUGGGUGAAGGGCUAAUGUUCGACAGUGAGGGAAGGGGUACAACAAUGGUGGUAGAGUGUAGGGAAACUGGGGAGGGUUUACUUGUUUUUUCCAUACGUAAAAUGAUACCUUUGGCGUUAAUGUUAUCAUGUGUAAAAAAAAAUCUACCAUUAUUUUUAAUGUUAUCACGUGUAAAAAAAUCUACAAUUGGUGUUUAAUAGAUCAGAUUAGUUUGGAUCACGUUUGUGUUCGGAUCAUAUAUAAAUGAGUCAGAAAUCCAUUGACCGAACCUAACUUGUUUAGUCAAGUGAGUGGGUGGAAGAGGAGGAAGAGGAUGGGUUUUUUCGUUUUUUUUUUAAAAACAAGAUAACCUGAUGUAGCAUAUUAAUAGAAAAUAAUCCAAAAGUGGAUUAUUCACAGCGGAAUAGUGAAAUGGUUCCUCUCCCUUGCAUAAUUUAUACAAUUACAGCUCUCCAGCAAUGGUGGCCUUGUCUCGUGUGUACCGUUCCAUUCGUCGCCGUCUUCCAUAUUAUCUCUCACUUUCUCCACCUUCUCUUGUCUCUCCUUCGCCAAACUCUAAUCUGACUUGCAUUCUUUACUCUCAAACCCAUUCUUGUACCCAAUUUACAACCUUUAGGUUCAAUUUUUUAAGCUCUAAUUUAAUUGUUGGGAAGCUUCAUCAGCUCACAUCAUCCCAGAAAUCCUUCUUCUCUGCUUAUUCUACUUUACCCCAAACCCCAAAACUCCCCAAUUCUGGAAAACAAGGUGAUAAUGACAAUGUUGAUCGCUUGUUGAAGUUAAAUAGUAAGAUUGGCACUUCGUGGGUUGACUUGUAUUUGCCGCAAAGAAUUCGACCUUAUGCUAAACUUGCUCGGUUGGAUAGACCCAUUGGUACUUGGUUGCUUGCUUGGCCUUGUAUGUGGUCCAUUACCAUGGCAGCUGAGCCAGGGAAUCUUCCUGAUUUUAAGAUGCUAGUUCUAUUUGGUUGUGGGGCCUUGCUUCUGAGGGGGGCUGGCUGUACAAUUAAUGAUCUCCUUGAUCAGGAUAUUGAUGUAAAGGUGGAACGUACGAAGCUAAGACCCAUUGCUAGUGGUAUUCUAACUCCAUUACAAGGGCUUUCCUUUCUUGGCGUUCAACUUCUAUUGGGUCUUGGGAUUCUCCUUCAGCUUAAUAAUUAUAGCCGCAUUUUGGGAGCUUCAUCCCUGCUUCUGGUCUUCUCUUAUCCCCUCAUGAAGAGGCUGACAUUCUGGCCCCAGGCAUACCUGGGAUUGACCUUUAACUGGGGAGCAUUACUGGGAUGGUCUGCUGUCAGAGGAAGUUUGGACCCUUCUAUUGUCUUACCAUUGUACAUGUCUGGUAUUUUUUGGACUUUGGUCUAUGAUACUAUAUAUGCCCACCAGGAUAAAGAAGAUGAUUUGAAAGUGGGUGUCAAAUCUACGGCCUUGAGGUUUGGGGAUUCAACAACGGAGUGGCUUAGUGGGUUCGGCCUCGCAUGCAUUAGUUCUCUUGCUCUCAGUGGAUUCAAUGCACACUUAGGUUGGCCAUUUUAUGCAUGUUUGGUUGCUGCAUCAGGGCAGAUGGCUUGGCAGAUUUAUACAGUUGACUUCUCAAAUCGUGCAGAUUGCAAUCGCAAGUUCAUUUCAAACAAAUGGUUUGGUGCCCUCAUCUUUAGCGGCGUCCUGUUUGGAAGGCUGACUUCAUAAUCCUAAUACAGAGGUUACAGUUUAGAUCACUCAUUUGCUCUGAAUCGCACAAAGAAGCUGACCCGGCAUCUUGUUGUCUGGAGAAAACUAAUGGAAAAAGUCGAUAGAUGGUCUUGCAUAUGGUAUACAAUUGGUUCUCUGCAGAAUUUUGUGAUUCUCUCCGGGAUUCAUGAGCAGUUCUCAAGCCAGUGCAUACAUCAGGCAGUGCUUCUUUGAGACUAAUGGCUUUGAUCCAAGUGAACAGCGGCGAAUAUAGGAUACCAAUAUAGCGUAACCCAAACACUCAAUUUCUACAUGCAUACGGAAUCAACUACACCGUCAUUUUCUGUGUUAUAUGUUACAUAAUUUAGUAUUGAUUAGGUUUUUAAUCAAAUAACUCAGGCCAUGGCCUAAACAGGCCCGGACUUAGAUUCUCCCCUGCAAAAGUGGGUAAGGACACAAUUUUGUUUCGGCUAUUCCAAGCAUAUUAGCUAAUCUCCCCUUCACUUGGGAUUUGACUGUGUAAAAGCAAAAUUAUUUAUAAUUUAGUUUGUGUUCUGUUAUUUGCUCAAAA